UAGGGAGGGGUUACAUGACGGCUUUGUAUUCGUUUUGGCAAUUCGGGUGAUUACACUCAAUAUCGUUUCAUUAGGCACGGCGGAACUACCCCUGUAAAGAAGUCGGUGGUGUCACCGUGCAAUUUUGGUUACCAUCAUGACCACCAUCUUGCCCAUUAUUUUCCUCCUCCAAUUUAAGUCCGUGGAUGGCUUGCCAGUUUUCUCUCCCGCACCCAUUUUCCUAUGAUUUAGUAGUAACCGAUAUCAGUACAAGCAUGCCAUUUCCAAUUGUUCCCGAUAACUCCCGAGGUAUACCAGCAAUAAGUUUGCUACAUGGUGUACUAUACCCAUCAGGCUUCAAAUUGUGGAUAGGACCACACGCGACACGCCUAGCGUGCUCAUUAAUUUAAGUGCAGCUGUGUUCUCGCCAUGCCCUCGUUUCGUUGACUUUUAAUUAAGUAUCAACAAAGACCUGCAUAUUAAGUCCGUCCCUCAAGAGCUAUACCUUCUCUAGAAAGUCGGCGACUCUCCUCCCCUCCGUUUCCCGGAAAUAUAAUCUUCAAACCCGACGAUCUUGCGAAUGUUUGCAACAUAGUUUUCACGGGCUUAUUACAAACACUUCAGACAGCGAAAAACGUGAACACGAUUAAGAACUUUGGAAACAAUGACUCACAUGCCACUCACAUCGUUUGUAGCUGAAGUUAAAUUGUUCGCCAAAAAGAUAUUUCUGCUCUUGAAAUGAAUAUUAGUACAUUUUGUGGAAGAGCAUUCAGUUUCCCGAAGCAGAAGGCCACAUUUACCAAAUGUUAGACCUAUUUGAAAACGACCUUCGAUAUUUACAUUCCACAUUGUAAAACUGGAAAUAAUAAAAGCACAACAUAUUUUCAGCUUGAUGAGGCCUUCCUGUAUUUCUGGCAAUUCACUCUACUUGCAUGAAUGAGCUCACCCCAUGAACUCUCGAUGCAUAAAGCAUCGCAACCGGCAGUCGAUUUCUAUCGCCUUUACCAACAAGGCUAUGAAAUAAACGCUGUAGUUCGAGGUGAGGCGAACGAUUCUGCGUGAAUUUAAUCUUGUAACAUUUCCUUGUGCAGUUUUUGGUCUGCUAAGUGCGGUUUUAAAAAGUUGGAUGGUUUAAAUGACAAGUCGAUCGACAACAUUGUAUGUGGUUGAAUUACGAUUACAGCACUCACAUGUAUACCAUGAUUUGGUUUGGAUGAACCUCUCGAUAGGUAUUAGAAACAUGUGGUUCAACACCAGGAGAAAAGAUAACUCAGUUUGCCCAUGCAGUUAGAAAAUAACAUGGGUUCCAUUGUACAGAAAGUGGUGUCGUUGUUUAUCUGCGCAUGUCUGGGACCACUUUGUAAUGAUCCAGCCUACAGCUUGGACUGGUCAGAAGAUGACAUAAGCAACUCCACCCACUGCCAGUGUAUAGAGGAAUUUGACGGUCCUCUCAGUGAACAAAGAGUAACCCAAAACAAUGCGAGUUGUGUCCAGUGUGAGUGUGCACCGGAUAGCCACUGUGAAAUCAAGUUACCAGACUGUGCCAGCAACCUGUGCCAAAACAAUGCAACUUGCCAGGAUCAAGACCACAGCUGUGAGUGCUACUUCAACUGCACCAAUGCUGUUUAUAAUGGUACCAUCAGCUAUCUAUGUGAUUGCUCCGCUGGCUUCAGCACCAUCUGCGAGCUGAAAAUCAACUGGUGUAGCAGCAAUUGCACCAGUACAACAGACACAUUUCUUUGCAGUUGUGGAAUGGGAUACACAGGCACGUUCUGUGAAAUCAAGUUACCAGACUGUGCCAGCAACCUGUGCCAAAACGGAGCGACGUGCCAAGAUCUAGACUAUGGCUACAAGUGUCACUGUGCUGAUGGUUACAGCGGUGAUGACUGUGAGACUGACAUUGAUGAGUGUGCUGUGGAGCCGUGUGAAAACGGUGGCAAUUGCACCAAUGCUGUCAAUGAUUUUAUUUGUAACUGCACCGGCACUGAUUACCAUGGAAACACCUGCUCUGACAUUGAUCAUGAAAACACCACAAUCAACCCACAUCUCAACAACACCAGUACCAACAUACCAGGAUCUGAUCAGGCCAUCAAGCCAGCUCUGAUUGUUGGAAUAGUGGGCGGGGCAGUUGUCAUUAUCAUCAUCAUCUUGGGCAUCUUCCUCAUCAAAAUCAAGAAGAGGAGGUCUGCCAGAGGCACUUACAACCCCAGACUUCACGAGAUGUCUAGGGGCAGGGUAGUAAUGGAUGACAUCCUCAAAUUGCCUCCGCAAGAGAGGCUCAUAUAAAAGCUAUGUACUUAUCAACCUCGUUCCGAUGAUGUUGAACCCUAUUUGACUUCAGCUGGAACAAGUUGUUCUGCUGGGAACACAUGUUCCAGAAUUUGUAUCCUUGUGAAGAGGAUGCUUUGUUCUUGUGUGUCUGCACAAGGCACUUUAUUUCAGCUCAGCAGUACCUGCACAAUUGGACUGGGGAAGAUUCUGAAAUGCCCCACUUGAAAGUGUUGAGUAAGUUAAAGCCCCAGUCAAGCUGUGAAGAUCUUAAAUGCAACUGGAAUGCUGUCUUUUUAACGACUUCCUGCCGGGGACUCCGGGAAUCAGAGACGUAUGCUUUAUAUGCGUGAACGGGGUCUCCGAACUCGUACAAAGGA